CCAUGUUUAUUCACUGGGUCUGGUUCACCAUCCAAAUGGCGUCAAUUACAAGGAGAAAACAGAAACUCCAAAAUAUUCGUAACUUUAGAUUUAAAAAGAAGUUAUUCCACAAAGAAACAAGAGGAAUGGUGAGGCAGCUGUUACAAGUGUCUGGUGAAGACUGGGUGGCUGCUGUCAAGGAGUACGUUGAUAAUAAUGAACUUCACCUGCAAGUGUUCCCAGAGAGACGCGAGCUUCACACGAUCAUCAUAGAGAAACGUUUAUCUCUGCUGGGAAAUUUAUUCACUAAACUUGUGAAAAAAUAUCUGGAGAUGUACGUCAAACAGUUGGGAAUAACCUCUUUGAUGGUUUUUAACUUCAUCGACUUCGUGGGGAAGACUCUCAGCGGGGAGACCGAGUUGUCGGUGUUAUGGUCAUCACUUGUCGAGGGAGAAGACGUUGAGACGGCGCGGCACAUAGGCAACACGUACGGGUUGGCCUUGAUGCAGCAGCUGGAGAAGUCAAUUGAGGCGCAAACAAAACCUGGCGAAAAGAUCUCCACGUGCUCGACCGUUACCAGCGUGUCAUCGACCAUUACCAGCGUGUCCUUCUCCUCGACCACUCCCAGCGUGUCCUCCCCCUCGACCACUCCCAGCGUGUCCUCCCCCUUGAUCAGAGUUGAACAUUUCCCCCGCUCGACCCUUACCAAGGCCACUGCCAUCGAGUCCUCACCUGAGGCCACUAUCACUGUGUCCUCACCUGAGGCGACUACCCCUCUGCUCUCACCUGAGGCCACUUCCACUGUGUUCUCACCUGAGGCCACUACCACUGUGUUCUCACCUGAGGCCACUACCACUGUGUUCUCACCUGAGGCCACUACCACUGUGUUCUCACCUGAGGCCACUAUCACUGUGUUCUCACCUGAGGCCACUACCAGUGUGUUCUCACCUGAGGCCACUACCACUGUGUUUUCACCUGAGGCCACUACCACUGUGUUCUCACCUGAGGCCACUGCGUCCUCACCUGAGGCCACGACCACUGUCUCCUCAUUCUUGAUCACCACCAUAGAAACAGACUCCCGCGGACGCCCCACGGUUGUCGGUCCAGACAGGCGCAGAAAGUGAGGUCGACGGAGGACUUGGACCAACCUAAUAAAACCACUUUUGACUUGUACAAUAUCAGGAAGGAACUCAACGGUCAAACGUGUCUGGCGUUGUUAACAUUUGUUUUACAUUACAGUAUUUUCUUGUUUCUCCCUAAACCUUUCUCUCUCUCCCAGCUCUGUUAAUUUCCUGUCUGUAUUCUCUUCUACACCUAACACUUAUACAGCAACUAAGGGUCGGUUUAUUUUAUACAGAAAGAAUUAUAUGGUACAGUGAACCCUCGAAGAUCUGGACCAAAAGGGGGGGACCACCCGACUGGAAAAGCCGAUUGUCCGGCGAUUAGUAAAUUCUAUAAGAAACACCAAAAAUAUAGUACAGGGGGGCCAACUGUUUUGUAAACACACACCAAAAAAUAAUAAUUGGAAAAUCCUCUCACAAAUAAUCAGAAACAAAUUUAUUAAAAAUGUGAGUCUACCCUCAAAUCUGUGGUUCAUUACUUUAUAAAUAGAGCACGAAUUUGAGGGUAGACACAUUUUUAAUAAAUUUGUUUCUGAUUAUUUGUGAGAGGAUUUUCCAAUUAUUAUUUAUUUGUAUGUGUUUUGUGUGUCUGUGUCUACACACACACAUUUACAAUACAGGUAAAGGAAAUUACCGUAUAUAAACUUUGCAUUUACCUAUGAUAACAUAAUGAGAAACAUUGUACCAUUAUUAGAGUGAAUGAAAUAAAAUUCCCACAAACAACAAUUGUCAACUCUGUAAAUGUUUCACAACUCCUCGGACACCUGUGUCCAAGCAACUGACUGUGGUCAAGUGUUGCCCACAGGUGUAAAAUGCUCUUUGCACCGGUUUGGGAAUGUUUCUUAGGGAAACUUGGAGGAGGCUUCUUAGCCCAGAACCCUCAAAUUUGUUGUCUGGAUCUUGGUCCAGGUCUUCGAGGGUUUACCGUUCUUAUGUUUUCUGAUGUGUAAUGGUUAAUGUAACGAAAGAUCUGUACAGUACAGUAUAUAAAAAUUAUUGUUA